AUGUACCAAACGGGAACCGAGUACACUGAGUUCAUACCCACAAGAGCCAAUGUUGCGAUGGAGAAACUGGCAGGGUCAAACUGGAUCUGCAUCAUUGCAAACUUCAGUUGUGUUGAAAUCUCGGAAAAGAAUCAAGGUCGAGGCGUCGGUAUGGAGAAGGAACUCAAACGGAUAAAUGAUUGUGUGCAGAGACUGACUUUGGCGCAUCGUAGCCGAAUCAAGACAAGUGUCGGACAUGGAUGGACGUUGGCGACUCUUGGCGUAUUCAAGAGCUCUUCCACGAUCUGCUUGGAGUUCAUGAAUAUUCUGCGAUUCAACAUAUGCAAGCCAGUGGCGUACCUGAGCUCGGUGUUGUGGUCGAUUCCAGUAAAGUUGAACCAUCGCGACGCAGAGGGCAAAGGUCGCAACCCCGAAGCUGAAAGGGUCGAAUUGAAUGUCCAUUUGAUCUUCCGGCACAAGUCUUUUGUUUUGGCAAACGAAAGGUUCGAAGAUCGCGAGUUGAACAAGAAGAGAUGGUGA